GAGACUGAAGGAUUUGACUGAAAGAUUUUAUACCUCAUUAGAAAAGGCUCAAACACUCCCUGUAUUGAGGAAAUGUGCUACUCAAUAUAUAUGGUAUUAUCUACAUGAUGGUAACACAACUGUGUUGACAUUUAAAUUACAAAAUGCUUUUGAAAUAAUGAAGUCUGAUGUAGAAGCAGUUUGUAUUUUCAGUCACGUGUAUUAUGUGGGAUUGUAAGCAACUUCUAUGCAGGUGUGUGCUCAUAUUUCAUUGUACCUACACUGCUGAGAGUGGUUUAAAGUGGAUAUAGGACCUGGACAUAAUGUGGAACCGAGCUGGGAUUUCAAAUGGUGCUCCUCUUCAAAUGAAUGGAUAUCCCUUUUAUCAGCUACCAGCUCCAUACAGCCAUAACCAGAGGACCACAACAUUUCGACACCCAGUAACUGGAGAGAUUUCCCCAGAAAACAAAGACUUUAUCCUGAAAGAACAGCCAAAGUUAUACAUGUCCAAGCAACAAGUAAACCAAAGGCCUUCAAGUAUGGUCAGCGAACCUUCCACUGCAGUAACUACAUCCACUGUUGAUACAACAUCUGGGUCAAAAGCUUCAAGGUCCAGUGGUAAAGUUCACAGCUUUGGUAAGAGAGAUCACUCCAUCAAAAGGAACCCUAAUGUCCCUGUUGUGGUGAGAGGAUGGCUUCAUAAACAGGACAGUUCUGGAAUGAGGUUAUGGAAGAGGCGAUGGUUUGUUCUUGCCGAUUACUGCUUGUUUUACUACAAAGACAGUAGAGAAGAAGCUGUGUUGGGGAGUAUUCCUUUACCCAGUUAUGUGGUUUCUCCUGUCAUACCCGAAGACCGUAUAAACCGCAAAUACUCAUUUAAGGCUGUCCAUUCAGGGAUGCGAAACUACAUUCAUAAUAAGAACUCUGUAAUUGGCCCUCAGGCAGAGCAUUCUGGGAUGAGGACUUACUAUUUCAGUGCUGACACCCAAGAGGAUAUGAAUGGAUGGAUCAGGGCCAUGAAUCAAGCAGCAGUCCUGCAAACAUGUACAUUGAAGAGAGAAUUCGAAAUGGAAAAACAGCCAGGACCUCAAUCUAAUCACAUAGAUACCAGUAAAAGCACUGUAGUAAUUGAAAGCUCUGAGGACAAGGAGAAUCCUAUGAAUUUUGAAGGUGACUCUCUUCAUUUGUCCAGACAUGAAAGAAUACGAAAAAAGGAGGCUACACUAAGGUACGAUGUUCAGAAAAGCGCAUUAGAUGAACAAGGAAGAAAACAAGAACAUCAUAAGCACUUAGGAACUACACCUGUAAAUGACACUUGCACAGAAACAUUAAGUUCCUCUCAGUCAUGGACUGCACAGCCUCAGCACGUCCAAAGAAAUGGAACAAUUCCCAAUGCAAUAACAUCCUUAAGUCCAGUGGCACAGAAUGGCACCAGCACUCACAAAAGAGGAUUUGUUCCCAGGUCAGAAACUGACAAAGAAGCUCAGAGGAAAAGUAACCUGGUUCAGGUAGAAGACUGGGUAAAAGUCCAUAAGGGCGACAACAAAAGCCUUGCUUCUGAACAAACUCUUACACGACGAACCUCCAGCCAGUCUCAGCCUCAGUCUGAUAAAUAUCAGUCACUGCCAAAGAAUACCAGACAGCCUUCAGGAAACUCCCCUCCCCCUCCUAGCCGUGACUUGCCCAGUGACUACAGAUAUGCACAGGACCGCAUCAGCCAUAUCAGAAUGUCAAACGAAGAAAGGAAAGCCACAAAGGAGGGUACAGUGUGGCAGCUUUAUGAAUGGCAGCAAAGACAGCAGUUCAAACAUGGCAGCCCAACAGCCCCACCAUAUGUAACUUCACCAGAUUAUGCAGAUACAUCUGGGGUGAAGACAUCAUUAGAGGUGCCUCGAUCCAUCUCUGUUCCACCAUCUCCUUCAGAUAUCCCUCCACCUGGACCUCCAAAAACUUUAUCACCAAGGAGGCCGCACACUCCUGCAGAAAGACUUACUGUUAGGCCAUUAAAUGAGAGAGUGAUUGUGGAUAUUCCCUUAACAGGUUCGCCUGGACGAAUACAUCACAUGACUAGUAAGAAUGCAUCACAUGCUGAUAGACGGUCCAUGCCUUCCAUGGGGUACAUGACCCAUACUGUAAGCGCCCCCAGUUUACAUGGAAAGUCGCCUGAAGAGCUUACCUUGCUUCUCAUUCGUUUAAGGAGACAUCAGGCUUUGCUGACUAGUUUACGAAAUUACACACUCAACCAGUUACAGCAAUAUGAGCCAUAUAAAUCCACUUUUCAGGUGGAUGACACGUACCUACAGUUAAAGAAGGAUUUGGAAUACCUAGACCUUAAGGUCUCAGGAAGUGAUGCAGCCUCAGAACGGAAAACAAAACCAGUCAAAGUUGCAGAAAGUGAUGUUGAUGUUACACUUAGCAGACUCUGUGAACAUGACAGAGUUUUACAAGACCUUGAAGACAAAAUAAGGGCCCUUAAAGAAAACAAGGACAAGCUAGAAUCUGUGCUGGAAGUGUGUCACAGACAGAUGGAGCAAUACAGGGAACAACCACAGCAUACGGAAAAGAUUACCUGUCAACAAAGGCUUUUACAAGAAGACUUGGUACAGAUCAGGGCACAGAUGUCCAAAGUUUCCACAGAAAUGGAAAAUGCCUGGAAUGAAUAUGUCCGACUAGAAAUGAAUGUGAACCAGUUAAGGAAUACUUUACAGUCACAGAUGAAACAAGCAAUUUUUCCACAAGAGAAAGCUCAAUUACAGAGGGACUUCUGGCGAAUUGAAGAUGUUAUGGCGGGCCUUAGUGCAAACAAAAUCAACUACAAAAUCAUUAUCGAGUCUAUUAAGAAUCCCGAGCGAAAAACAGUGCCUUCAUUGCUUUCAUCUACAGUGCCUUCAUCGUUCAGUAUAUGGGACAGAAAGCCUGCAGCUCUACAAAGUCCUCCACUCAGUCCUACGCUGCCUUCUGUGGAGUUUAGGCUUCAGCCUCCAUCACAGCCUUAUGCUCAGCCUCAGCAACAGAAACACACACAGCCUUCAGUCCAACAGCAUCUCAGGCUACACACUAACAUUGUGCAAGAUGAAGCUCCACCUAGACCUCCUCUUCCAGAUAUGUAUGGUAUGGAUGAUGCCCCACCUCUUGUGCCUCCGCUCCCCAGGGAAGCCAGUAUUAUCAGGCAUACAUCAGUUCGAGGUCUGAAACGGCAGUCUGAUGAAAGGAAGAGAGACAGAGAACACGGACAGUAUGUCAAUGGGGACUAUAAGAUGGAGCUACGUUCCUAUAUGAGUGAACCUGAACUGGAAAGUAUAGGAAGAGGUUUCAAUAAGUCACUCGUUGGCAUUUCAGGUUUUGACAGUGGUUACCAGACGCUGCCGAGCAGAGGUUUGUCUGGAUCAACUUCAAAACUAUACCAGCCAUCAGUUCUUAGUUCAUAUGCAACACUUCAAAGAGGGGCAACAACAGACAGCUCCAAGGAGAGACCAAAAAGUGCCUUGGAGCGGCUGUACUCUGGAGAGCACCAAAGAGGCCGGAUGAGUGCUGAGGAACAGUUAGCACGAAUGAAGAGGCAUCAGAAGGCACUAGUGCGUGAGCGAAAGAGGACGCUUAGUCAAGGAGACAGGCAAUCUACUGCUUCUGCUAAAGCAUCCAGCAGACCCGUCUCCGCAGAUAUAAGCUCAUGGAAACGAGAGCAGGAGUUUGAUUUACAGCUACUGGAGCGAGCAGUUCAUUAUGAAGAAAAGGAAAGAGCUCAACAAGACGGCUGGUUCAAGGUUCAGGCUGUACCUGUGGUGGAGACUGAUAUAGAGCCUGAAGAUUAUAAUUUGGAUAUUAGCAAAGAGUUGUCCAAACCAGAAAAGGUUUUGAUUCCAGAGCGCUAUGUUGAACUUGAACCUGACGAGCCUCCCACAUGUGAAGAACUAGAAGAACGGCACCGGAAAGUGGAAAGAAUAAAAAGUAUUCUUACCAGAUCAAGCAUGCACAAUAUACCUGUUUGUAUUCCACAAGAAAAACAUAACUCAGUGGAUUUAGAUUCUCAGCUGGAAGAACAAGAACGCAUUAUAACUAUUUCUUAUGCCUUGGCAUCUGAGGCUUCUCAGAAGAGCAAGCAGGUAGCAGUUCAACAACAAGUCUACCCAGUCAAUUCACCUUCUGCACCUCAAUCAUCUCACUCACCAGUAAGCAAUGGAUUUCACUACACGUUUGUGUAAACGACUAAAAACCAAAGCUGUGACUGAACGUUGACACUGUGCAAGACAGCAUUUUGGAAGAAGAGUACAAGAUUUCACUUAUAUUGCCUUUCACUGAAGAUGUGUACAAUUUAAAAAUUGCUAUUUUAAAAGGCAAUAUAGGCAAAAAGAUGGGACUGACAACAAUGUCGUGAUAUAAUAAAUGCAAAUCAGUAUUGGUUUGUUGAUGUCCAUCUUAAUUAAAGAAGUGUUUUAUACUGUUA